UUCGUUUAUCAUACACACUUAUCAGGAUUCGCGGGCAAUUACACGUCGUAGACAAUGAAGUUCAUAAUUUUUUCAGUUUUGCUUACGCUGGCCACAAUGUCGCAAGGGAAUAAACCAUACUACGAUAUAAACGAUGCUCCUGCCUUGUUUGAGAAAUUCAUAAAAGACUUCGACAAAACUUAUAAGGACGCAGAAGAUAGAGAAAUUCAUUAUCAGGCUUUUGUUCAGUCCUUAAAGGACAUCAACAGACUUAAUUCGGAGCAACCUGAUACUACAUAUGAUAUCAACCAAUUUGCCGAUUAUACAGAAGCUGACCAACAAAGCAUGCGUGGACUGAUAUUGCCAGAAGAUGAAUAGAAGAAAAUAACGUGACGUUCCAUCUUCAAAACUAAAUCACAUUGCGAUUGGAUUUAAAAUAUAGUUUUUUUUUAAAUAUUUAUGGUGUAAAUAAAUAUAUUUUUUUAAUCCA